AUGACAAGUGAAGAAACCCUAGGUCAACGGGUCCAGCUGAAUCAAUCCAUGUCUGGGCAAGGUAUUGAUUACAAUCAUCCACUGUUCUUAAGUCCUACAAAUGUAAGUGGAAUUAGUAUUAUUUCGUUUCAAUUGAUUGGUGUGGAGAACUACACUUUAUGGAAUAGAUCGAUCAAACUAGCUCUACUAGGAAGGAACAAAUUAGGGCUAGUUGAUGACACAUGCAAAAAAGAAAUAUAUGGCGAGGAACUAUGGAGUCAAUGGGAAAGGGUAAAUGCUAUCGUUUUAUCAUGGCUGAUGAACUCAGUGUCAAAAAGUCUGCUCAGUGGAAUUGCAUUUUCUUCAAAUGCAAUGGAUGCGUGGACUGACCUACAAGAGAGAUUUGAUAGAGUAGAUGGUUCAAGGACUUAUAGUCUGCACAAAGAAAUUACAACUCUGCAGCAGGGGACAACUUCAAUUUCUGCAUAUUACACAAAGCUAAAGGCUCUAGGCCAUACUAAGGAAUACUGUUACAAAGUUGUUGGAUAUCCACCAGACUUUAAGUCAAAGAGGAAGAUACAAAGUGCCUCAAAUUCCAGUCAGCAUCCUACUCAUGCUCAUUUCUCUUAUGGUUUGAACACCAAUGUGCAUGACAAAUCAGUUAAGGCCAGUACAUCUGCCAUCACUACUAGUCAAGCUGAAAAGGAUGUCAAACAAUUACUUCAAGGCUGCACAUUCACAAAAGACCAGUAUGAUCAAAUUCUGAAAAUGCUGAAUCAACAGUCACAAGCAAGAGUUACUGCAUUUGAUGACAAUAAGGCAAAUGCUGCAGGUAAAGCAUUAUUUGUCACUGAAAAUAGUGAUGUAUGGAUUGUAGAUACAGGUGCAACAAACCACAUGGUAUCAAAUUUGAAUAUGCUGGAAAAGGAGUCUAUGUUAAAGCUAGAUAUUCCUAAGGAGGUGUCCUUACCAAAUGGUAGUACCACACAAGAGUUUUACACUGGGAAGGUGAAGGAGGUUGGUAAAGAAGAACGGGGUUUAUAUCUGUUGUGGAGACAAUUAUCUCAAAGCACAAGUAAAGAGUCUGCUCUUGUUAUUGAUUCAACUCAUCCCACAGACAAGGAUUCAACUACAGAAGUGGAGUUAUGGCAUCAAAGGCUUGGACAUGUCUCUUCAACAAAAUCAGAUGUUUGUGUAUCACUUCCAUUAUUUCUGAAGUAUGUUCAGAAUCAGUUUGGGAAGACUGUCAAAGCUAUAAGGACUGAUAAUGGUAUAGAACUUCCUAGCAGUGUCCUUGGAUUCAAAUCCCCUUAUGAAAGACUCUAUGGUGCAAAACCAGGAUUGUCUCACUUGAGGACAAUUGGCUGCUUGGUAUUUGCAAUUUUUUUUACUGAACAUGAUAAACUUAUGCCCAAAUCAAGGUCUGCUGUCCACAUGGGCUACUCUGAAGUGCAUAAAGGAUACAUCUUAUUUGAUUUGUCUAACAGGUCAUUCUUUGUGAGUAGAGAUGUUCUCUUUAGGGAAGAUCUCUUCCUAUUUGCCACAGAUAACAGGUCUACUCAUCAGCAGCUGUUUAUGGACACCUUGCAAGGAUCAGUGAUCUCUACACUUGAUCCUGUGAUCUCACCAGGUCCUGACCAGGCUGCAAUAUCUCUAGGUGCUGAUCAAACUUCUAUACCUGCAAAUAUUGAGGAAACUGAGGUCACUCAGCCUUUCCUUGAAGUGCAGUUGCAGGAUGAUCUGAUUGUUCCUGAGGUGUCUCCUGUUGCAGUGGUUCCACAACCUACUAGACAGUCUACAAGAUCUAAACAUCCCCCUGCUUGGCUGAAGGACUUUGUCUCCUUCAAUACACUUAAAUAUGUCCCUUAUCCUAUAUCUAACUAUGUCACUUAUUCUUAUCUAUCCCCUUCUUAUCAAUGCUACAUUGUAGCUAUAUCCACUGUGACAGAACCUUCCACCUAUGCUGAAGCAAUCAAAGAUCCUAGAUGGAUUGAGGCCAUGCAAGCAGAGAUUCAGGCCCUGGAGAGUAAUCAUACCUGGGAGGUUACACCUUUACCUGCAGUCCAACACUUGUACAUCCAUCAGAUGGAUGUCUUUAAUGCCUUCUUGCAUAGAGAUUUAACAGAUGAAAUAUAUAUGCAGCUUCCUCCAGGUUUUCAAGCCCUAAGACAGUGGAAUCAAAAACUCACUGAAGCCCUCCUAAGAAUGAAGUUUACACAGAGCCAAUAUUACUACUCUUUGUUCAUUAACAAGUCAUCAGAAGGAGUUGCAAUAGUACUUGUGUAUAUAGAUGACAUGCUGAUCACUGGCAACAGUUUGAAGCUAAUAGAAGAAACCAAGAAAGCUCUACAAAAGGCUUUCAAAAUGAAAGACUUAGGGGAGCUCAAGUACUUCCUUGGAAUUGAAUUUACAAGAUCUACAGAAGGAAUACUUAUACACUAG